AUGAGAACUGAAAUUAUCAAAGGCAAAAAUUACUGGCACUGUCAAGGUCAGUGCCGGAAUUUGCAAAAGUUAAAUGUCUCCAAAUGCCAAGGAUUAAAUGAUGAAUUAAUGAGGCUUGUAUCAGAAGGCUGCCCAGCUCUACUUCAUUUAAAUUUAUCUCACACUGAUAUUACAAAUGGGACAUUAAGACUUCUAUCAAGGAGCUUCUCAAACUUGCAAUAUUUAAAUUUAGCUUACUGCAGAAAAUUCACAGACAAAGGUUUACAGUACCUUGGCUCUGGAAGAGGAUGUCACAAACUCAUCUAUCUGGAUCUUUCAGGCUGCCUCCAGAUCUCAGUAGAAGGCUUCAAGAACAUUGCUAAAAGCUGCAGCAGGAUCCAAUACCUCACAAUUAAUGAAAUGCCUACUCUGACAGACAGAUGUAUUCAAGCAUUAGUGGGGAAGUGUCAAAAGAUUAUAUCUAUUGAAUUUAAUGAGGCCCCACAUGUUUCUGACAUAGCCUUUAAAGCACUUGCUGAAUGUCAGCUUGUCAAGAUCAAGAUAGAAGGGAGUAAUCGGAUUACUGACCUAAGUUUCAAGAUGAUGAGCAAACACUGGCCCUGCUUAGAUCGCAUUUGUAUGACUGACUGCCAGAAGAUAACUGAUACCGGACUCAAACUAAUUGCACCACUGGCUAAUAUUGCUGUGUUGAAUUUAUCAGAUUGCAUGAGAAUCAGUGAUGCAGGGUUAAAAUCAUUUGUUGAAGGUUUUGCUGGCUCAAAGAUAAGAGAACUGACCUUGGCCAACUGUUCCAAUAUCACUGAUGGCUCUCUCAUCAAAAUAGCUCAAAGGUGUGCAAGUCUGGUGUAUCUGAAUCUGCGCUCUUGUCAAGCUGUGACUGAUAAUGGAAUUGAGGUUUUAGCAAUGUUGCCUUCAUUGACUCAUAUUAACGUUUCUGGAAUUGUCAUCAGUGAUCAGACUUUGGAAGCUCUUGGCAGAAAUGGCAAAAUCAAGGAGAUUACUAUAUCGGAAUGUAAGUCCAUUUCUGAUGCAGGAAUAAAGAGAUUCUGUAUGGAUGUUAAACAUCUUGACUACAUGGAUUUCUCUUUCUGCCGGCAGUUGUCAAAUCAAUCAAUAAAACAUUUGUCAUUCAACUGUCACAAACUUACCUCCCUCAGUAUGGUUGGUUGUCCCAGGGUAACUGAUAUAGGUUUACAGUAUUUGGGAGCAGUCUGCACUUACCUUCAUUACUUGGAUAUCUCAGGCUGUGUAAAUAUUACUGACAAAGCACUAAAGUCCCUGUGGAAAAGUUGCUUGCAGCUCCGAAUUCUUAAAAUGCUGUACUGCCCAAAUAUUACCAGGCAAGCAGUUUCUAAGUAUACAUCAAGACUCCAAAAAUAUGAAUAUAAUAAUGAUGAGCCUCCUCUGUGGUUUGGUUAUGAUAGUGGCAGUCAGGUAUUCAGUAAAAAAAAACAGAAAAAAACCUUGUCACGUGAGAAAAGUCUCAGCAUUAAAUCAGAAGACACAACACAACUUCAGAAGCUCAACAAUGAAAACUGAAACCACCAAUUCUUUUUGUUUUAUUAAAAUAUAUUGAUAUCUUUCUCAUAAAUAAUUUUUUAAAAUGUAAUAGUUACUACUAUUGUU